CUACGAGUACUGUCAUUUCUUCAUUAAAUGCUAUCUUAUAAAUUAUUAAACUCAGUUGUAAUUUGGAUGCAGUAUUAGUCGUGAGGGAUGGUUGUUGGGGAUUUUUAUUACCCACCCAUCCUUCAGUAAUGAAAAGUAACUCCUAUCAAAUAAACCAAUCUUGGAUGAAAAAAAAAAGUAGUAAAAGAACGGUGUAUCUUUUUCUAAGUAUUCACAACUAAUUUUAAUACACUUCUGAAUGAAUUUUAAAAUGAUUUGUUAUUCUAUUCAAAGGUCUGCUAAAGUACAAAAAAUCUUUCAAAUGAUUGAGCAUAUUUCCCCAAAUCAAAGUGAGUAUCCCCCACCUCUUCCAUCCUCAAAAUACAAGAGCGCAGAAAGAGGAGGAAAAUCUAGAUAUUAGGAAAGGAUUAAUUAUCAAAGCUUUUUCCAGUGAGAGAGCUAAAACAGUUAUACCUUCAUAGGCAUGAUCAACAUAUGGUCAUGUCACAGUUUUGACCACUUUCUGUGCAUAGUAAUGUUCACUGGCUUCUUUCUAGAGACUGGAAGAGUGUCUAUUCUGUCAGAUUUGGGGUUGUAGUAUCUUGUACUGACCAUAUCUCCACACUUGCAGACCUUAAACAGUACAGGUGAAGUACAUGAGAAUUGCUUAUAUCAAAUGUAAUGUUGAUGAACUGUAAGUUUACAAAACUUCUCGUGAUUGUAAAACAGUUAUUAUUGAGGUGAAAACUAUAAAGUAUUUUGUUAUAGAUAUCAUGUUAUAUGCUAAAAAAAACAUAGAUUUUAGUUUCAAACGGAAUCCUUUGUUCACAGUUCAAAUGUCACUGCUCCUUGGGUCUAUAAUGGUUUUGAACAGGAAAUGCACUGUUCCUGUUUAUUACCAGUAUCUAAGGUCAUCUCCUCUGCAAAAUCUUAGAAAUCAAAGACAGCUAUUUUUGCCAUGUAAUAAGGCUUCAAGAGGCACACACUUUCAAAAGAGAUCUGUCAGUGAGAAACAGUUAAACUUGGGAAAUUCAAAUUCAACAUGCUGUUUGAGAGAGGAACAGUUUAGGCAUUUCUGUGCAAGGAUCCUAUCAGUUGGCACUCAACUUCUGCAAACUACUGGAGCCAGAGGUAAUCCCACCCAGAGACAUGUGCGAUUUGUGUCAAGAAAGACUUACCAGUUUCCAGAACUCUUGAAGGCUGAUUUAGAAGAGGAGUUUGUGCGAGGAAGUGGCCCUGGAGGGCAGUCAGUGAACCAGACUGCUAACUGUGUUGUACUCAAGCAUAAACCCACAGGAAUUGUUGUCAAGUGUCACGAAACACGUUCACUGGAGACAAAUCGGAAACGGGCACGAGAACGCUUACAAGACAGGGUGGAUUUGUUCCUUCACCAAGAGGAAAGCUUUCUCUCACAGCAGGAGCGGGAGAAAUCCCUAAACCGCCAAGAAAAGAAAAGCAAAAACAAGAAAAGAUUAGACUUGAAAAAAGCUUUUAAAGAUAGAGAAGGCUUGGACUGAUAAAUUAGUGAAAACAUUUUCCAAGCAGUUGUGUACAGAAAAAUGCUGAUGGGCAAUGAGAGCUAUUGUUAUCAAAUCAAACUUUAUGUCUGUCCAAGAAAGUCCAUGACAGAAAUUUUUCUUUUGCUCACAAACCCAAACACAUACAAACAUAUACUUUAUAUUUUCAUGUAGUGUAUGUCUCCUGUCUUGAAAUAUGUUCAUUGAUUUGUUAUCAAGUUGCAUGAGGCAAAAAGAGCAUUGGUAUCAUUACAUGUAUGAUAAUUAAUUGUGCUUACAGAUAUUCCAUUCAAAAACAAUGCUACAAACCAUAAACAUAACAAUUUAAAUAUACAUGUUAUGCUUGUAUAUAUAUAUAGAGAGAGAUUAUAAUAAACAUCAAAAGCACAAUAAACAUUACUAGAGCAUCGA